UGGUAGCGGGAAAACCAGUCAUACCCUUAGUCCCCAGUUAUCUUAACCAUGCCCAUCAAACCGGUCGUAACCACCGUAAUAGCCAUUUUCUUCACCAUUCUUGCUCUCUAUACAAUCCCAUUGCCUUCCUCUCUUUCUUCUAUUGCUACAACUAUCAUAACCAAUCCUCAGCUUGAACCAUUAUCAAUAUAUUCAACAUUCUUUGGACAUAGACACCAUCAUCAUCACCAUCACCAUCACCAUCAUCAUGUUCCAAUAAAGUGUUGUGAGAAAUGGACGUCAAAGCUUACACACUUGUACAAGACUUCUCUUGUGUUGACUGUUGAUUUAAACGGUUGUGGUAACUUCAGCAACGUUCAAAGUGCCAUUGAUUCUGUACCGGAUUUAAGCCCUUCCAAAACUCUCAUUAUCGUUAAUUCGGGUGUUUAUAGGGAAAAAGUUACAGUUAAUGAGAACAAGACAAACAUUGUAAUGCAAGGAAGAGGAUAUCAAAACACAUCCAUUGAGUGGAAUGACACAGCAAAAUCUGCAGGAGGCACUGCCUAUAGCUUUUCUUUUGCUGUGUUGGCAGCUAAUUUCACAGCUUACAAUAUCAGCUUCAAGAACAAUGCGCCAGAACCAGAUCCUGGUGAAGAUGACGCACAAGCAGUAGCUCUAAAGAUUGAAGGAGACCAGUGUGCUUUUUAUGGAUGUGGAUUCUAUGGUGCUCAAGAUACUCUUCUAGAUGAUAGAGGAAGACAUUUCUUCAAAAAUUGUUUCAUCCAAGGGUCCAUAGAUUUCAUAUUUGGCAACGGAAGAUCACUCUAUCAGGAUUGUACUAUUAAUUCAAUAGCUAAGGAGAAUACAUCAGGGGUCAGUGGAUCUAUCACAGCUCAUGGAAGGCAAUCAGAAGAUGAACAAACAGGAUUCUCUUUCGUUAAUUGUAAGAUAGAUGGAAGUGGCAACAUGUGGCUUGGACGAGCUUGGGGAGCCUAUGCUACUGUAGUGUUCUCAAACACCUACAUGUCUGGAAUCAUCACUCCAGAAGGUUGGAAUGAUUGGGGUGAUCCUACCAGAGAAAAGACGGUAACUUUUGGAGAGCAUAAAUGCUAUGGAGAAGGAGCAAAUUACAAAAGAAGAGUUUCAUAUGGGAAACAACUAACCAAUUCCGAAGCAUCUUCAUUCACGGACAUUUCUUACAUAGAUGGAGACCAGUGGCUUAGUCAAACUAACAUACUCUCCGAGCUUACAUCUGAAGAAAACAUAGAUGAACUUAUCGGAUUUAACUAACAUAUAUAAUAAUCAUGAUGCAUUAUACAAACACAAAAUAUUGAGAUAUAGAUUAUUUCGACAAGAAUUCACAUUCAUGUCUAGUUUCCAAACAAGAUCAUAUUCAUAUAUACAAUAGAUUUCAUGUGUUUAGUUAUCUUCCUCAUUCUAUAUCAAUAUACUUUAAUAUUUUUAAAAGAGUAGUUAAUCUUUGAGAGAAUUUUACCAAUCUACAUAAGUAAAAGAAAUACUUAUGUGUCACAAUUUAUAUAGUCACUGCUUAACUAAGACCAUGUGUAUAGUUUAAAAAUUUAAUACUCUUCAUGUUUCUAUUCACUUAUUUGGUAUAACUAUUAUUAGUAAAUUAUUAGUUUUGGUUCUAAGUCUUACACUUUUGAUUUCACCAUUUGUUUGCUUAUUUUUGCUCAUAUUUUUCUUAUUUUUCUCAUUUUCCUUAAUAUUUUUUAUUUUAUUCAACUUACUUUUUUUUUAUUUUUUAUUAUCUAUAAGUAACCAACAUGGGGAUGAAGUAUCAAACACUUUCCUAGAUGAAACAACAAAACAAAAUGUUAAUUGGAUGAUGUUAACAACCAAUUUCAUGCUUUUCGUAUUAAUAAAAUAAUUGAUUGAUUAAAUUUGUUAAUGCUUUUCUAAAAGUUACACCGAUCAAGUUCAAUGAUAAAGUAGAUUUCAGUUCACUCUUAUUAUCCAAAUUUGGAGACUGAGAGUUUGUCGGUCCAAACAAUCUUUAAUAACUGCUCUAGAUUCUACAAUCAUGAUGAAGACCAUAACUCAUUUUCAUUACUUUGUUUUACAAUACUUAUAAGUAUAGUAUAGCAUUUGAAUAAACAUAGGGUCCAUGAUCAUAAAACUGAAUGAAAAAUAUUAGAUGUAAAAUUAACUUUGAACAAGUCUUGUCUCUACCCUUACAAAAUGUUAAACUUUGAGUCUUAAGUAACAAAACUCUCAUCUCCAUUCAGAUGGUUCAUUUGGAUGGUGAAACGAACAGCCCCCCGGAGAGAUAACUUCUGACAUGUAAGUAUUCGAGAAUACAACAGUUGCAUAAGAUCUCCAGGCUCGCCAACCCAAAUCUUCUCGGUUCCAGAAAUGUUGCAGUUCACAAAUGAGAAUCCUGAUGGCUGAGAUUCUGAAUCCUUUCCCUGAGCUGUAAUAAUUCCGCUUAUCUCCGAAGUAGUCUCCUUGACCUGAUCGUACAAUCUUGUUUCACUAUCACAUUGUUAUCUCAUAUUCAUAUGUAAAUUUUAGUGAACAAGCGUGAUUUUCUUUAUUACCUGGUAGAUAGAUCUUCCAGCACCAUAAAUAAAGUCUCUUGCACCUGACCAACAGCUUGUGCUCCUUGGACGCCGUGUUCUGGUCCUAGCGCAACAUUCUUCACCGGAUCAAAAAAUGUGUAUGAAAGUAUAUCUGAAAUUUUUAUCAUAAUUUCCUUACGACAAAGCUAUGAGCUAUGAAGUUGUUUGCAAACACAGCAAAAGAAAAGCUUCUGUCAGUGCCUCCUGAGGAUUCAUUUACUUGGUGCAACUACUAUCAGUUUUGGUACUAAAGUUUUCUUGUUAAUGAUUUGGUGCGAGUUUAUGCGCAUGGAUGCUCCUUUGAACCUCAUUAUUUGAUAGCAUAUCUUUAUAUAAGUGUUUCAGUGUUAUGAGAUUAUCACAAAGAACAAAUACAACACAACUCAAAACAAAUCUCAAAUUCAUGGUGUUACCUAUUCAUCUAUAUUAUUAAAACUGAAGUAAAUUUUAGAUUUUUUUGGAAACAAGAAUAGCACUAUAUAUAUAUUGUUUGGAAACAUAGAUAUUAUUUAAAAAAAAAUUAUGACCUUUUAGCAAUAUAAAAAAAAUCAAUUUGUAAUCAAUAUUUCAUCAAAUAUAUUUAGUUACCAUAACUCAAAUAUAUGUAAUAAAUCCCACUUUUAAGUAUGAAAACAAUAAAAGAAUAACUAAUAAAUAGAUUUUGACAAAUAUAUGAUACAUCUGCAAUGUAAAUUUAUAUAUAAAAAAUAGAACAAUUAAAACAGAAAACAAAUAUAAAUUUAUAAAAAAAUAAUAAUAAUACCGCAAUACAAUUGCACUACAAAAUGGUGAGGCAUCUAAAAUAUAUAAUAUUCACAUGAAAACUACAAAAUAUUAUAAUAUUCUUAAUUAUGUAAUAGUUACAAAUCUAUAUUAUAACAUCUCAGGUCCACCUCCUAUUGGAAUUACGUGACAUGCAAACAUAUUCAUGUUCUAUAUGAUUAAGUGCCUAUUUGAAUACAAAAGUACUAUGGUUUCUUUCUUUAAGUGUUUCAGAAAUGAGUUCUAAAAACAAUUUCGCAGUUUUGUUAAAUAUCUUUAUGAUCGAAAAAUUAUUAUCUAAAAUUACAUUGUUAUUAAAUUUCGAAUACUUUACAUAAGUAGAUUAAUAUUAAAUUAUUCAACAGAGAUAUUGAAACCACUAUAUUUUGAAAACAAAAAUCACAUUUUUUAAAUUUGUAUAUCUCUUCAAUCAUAGGAACCAUCAUAUUUGAAAUCUAUAUUUAUCAAAAAAUAAUAUAUUUUCUAAAGGUUCGAUUUUGAUUUUUCGGUUUAGAUAUAUAGGAACCACUUAGUUAUUUGUGAAUAUCAAUUUAGUUUUGCGUUUCUUUUUGCUUCGGUUUUGAUUCACUGUUGGGUCUCGGUUUAUAGUUCCAUGUCAAACCAGGAUGCUGAAGUGUUUUUCUUUCUUUGGUUAUAAUUUUUACAAUUUCACGUCAUAGAACGGGUUAUAACCUAUAAAUAUAAAUAAAGCUUUGCAGUACAUAUUUCAAAUAUUUCCACAAACUCAAUGGUAAGUAUAUCAGAUCUGGACAUAUCAUUUCAGGUAUUUAGGAUUCAAAAAAAUUCGAAUUAUCUAAAAGUAUGAAAAAUAUUUAAAUUCCAAAAAAUCUAAAAAUAUUUAAAUACCUAAAAAUCUAAAAUUUUAUUCGAAACU